CAGCGCGCUUUCGUUCUAAUAGAGAAGCUUCCACGAAAAUGAAAUUUCUAACCCAACUUUACUGAAGGUUCCUCUCCACUGCAGUUCGCGUUGGAAGUUCUUCACUGGAACAAGAACAAAUUAGCCAGAUCGGUAUCUGAUUCUGAAAUUUCAGGAGUUUUUGCUCAGAUUUCUUACCUGAUCUGAAUGAGGAAGUCCGAAGGAGAUAAGAAGAUCUUAAGCUACAACGAUGUUGUACUCAGAAAAUCAGACUUGGACAUCCUUAGCGGUCCAUAUUAUCUGAAUGAUCGCAUCAUUGAGUUCUAUUUUAGCUAUCUAUCCUCAUACCAUCCUUCUAAAGACAUCCUUCUAGCUCCACCUUCAAUUGCUUUCUGGACAAUGAACUGCCCCGACUCCAAUAGUCUCGACGAUUUCCUACGACCUCUCGAUCUGUUUAACAAGAAGCUUGUGAUCUUCCCCGUCAAUGACAACGACGAUGUUAGCAAGGCCGAAGGUGGGAACCACUGGAGUCUUCUUGCUUUUUACAGAGAAUCAAACACAUUCAUUCAUCAUGACAGCAACAGAGGGAUGAAUAAACAUCACGCCAAGAGACUCUACAAAGCUGUGGCUAGAUUCACCAGCAACGACUCGAAUUUGACGUCUGAGCCCGGAUAUGUGGAAUGCAUGGAGUCGCCUCAGCAAGUAAACGGUUAUGAUUGUGGUUUAUAUGUUACAGCCAUAGCAAGAAGCAUAUGUAGCUGGUAUGCGCAGAGGAAAGAGGUCGAUGGAGAUGGUGGUUGGUUUUGUGCAGUGGUGGAGGAGGUUACCCCAUGUUCUGUUGCUAAUAUGCGUAGCGAAAUCCUGGAGCUAAUAAGAAGUUUAAUGGCUGUGAAGGAAUACCAACCCGCUUCAAGAUAAUAUUGUUGUUAACUUUACUUACGAUUUUAUAUUACUUUUUAUGGCCAUUUUUGUGUUGUUCAUGGAGACUUUGAAUUUGGUCGAAAUGAUCUGACUUGGUCUCGAUCGCUCUGGCAGAUGAACGGGAGGAAGUCGAUAUAGCAUUUUGGCUAUUAGUACUUGAUGUUUGGUGUAUAUACAUUUUUUAAUUUAGUCACUAAUUUUUUAACA